CAUUCCUACAGGUCCCCGUGCUACAAAAUCUAUUCCGACUGGACCACGAGCUCGGCUCGCACACGCAUUUUCCACCUCGGCACCCGUAGGGCAACUGGCGUCAAUCUCACGUCAGCCGGUUGAGCCUCAAGAACUUCAAGAACCUCAAUCUCCCUCACGCGAAUCAGCUGUAUCCUGGCAGAGCGAUAUCAGUGACGACAUGGCAUCACGUGCACGAAAUGGACGUCGUAAUGGACAGUCCAGCAAUGGAGGUGCGACCGCAAAGUCCACCUCUUCACAACCGCUACAAGGUCCACUUUGGAAUAAAGAGCGGAUUGAACGAGAGUAUGGAGCCGGUAUAUCUCUCAAGCCACAAUGGGCAGCCAAUGCCAAGUCCCCGUUGGCAAAUCACAUGAGCACUAACCUAGGUCGUGCCAUGGAUGUACCUUAUGUGGCCCGUCAUGGUAACAUCAAUGGCAAAAAGGUUUAUAGGGUGACCGCCGCCGUUGAUCCUCAACAAGGUAUCAUCGGUAUUGGUGAUCAUUCCGAGAAGAAGGAAGCUGAGAAAUUGGCUGCUUUGAGCGCCUUACUACAAUUAGUCCAAGCUGGAUUGAUUGACCACGGGGAUGUCAAAGCCAAGUCCGGUUCGACUCCUUCUGGCAGCACCCCUUCUCCUGCGUCAGGCGAAACUGCCAUUCUGUCCAACGGGACGGCGAUUACAUACGAUCGUGCACGUCAAUUCAUGGAGUAUUAUUGCGCCCGAUACAAAUUCGGUAAGCCCGACAUCGACUUUGUACAGUCCGCAUCGAAAACUCGACAUGUAAAAACGUCGACAGAAUCAUGGGAUGCCAUCAUGACUGUCGGAGGCCGACGCAUCGGUAUGGGUUCAGCUCAAAACAAGAAACUGGCACAAAUGAAGUGUUUUCUCGAUGUUGCGCAAUACCUCGAGUCGUGCGAUCAAGAUUUGUGGCAAGAUUUUGAACUUUCAUUGAAGAAGGGCAACAAAAAUGGGGAUUCGAGUCCACCGCCACAGCUACUCUUCAAAUUGUCAAACGAGCUGAGUGGCGAUAUCGGAGGGUUAUGUCAAGACAUCAAACAAUCGUAUUUGUUCCGCAACGCUCCUCAGAGCGCAUCCAACGACGAGUCUCGUUCGCUCCCGACUUGGUCUUCGUCCGCCACACUCCAAGCCAGUGAGGAGGAAUUAGAAAACAAAUCGGUAGCUUUGAAAGACAAGUUAUCCGCGUAUUUGGUCAAUCCCUCUCUGGGAAAGAUGCGUCAGCAAAGACAGUCCCUUCCCGUUACUUCUAAAGCUGCCGACAUCAUCGCCACUGUCGAUUCCAAUGACGUGACCAUUGUUAUGGCUGCCACGGGGUCAGGAAAGACGACUCAGAUUCCUCAAUUACUCCUGGACGAUUAUAUCGAGAAAGGCAAGGGUGCCUAUUGCAACGUACUUUGUACACAGCCAAGACGUCUCGCUGCUAUGUCUGUGGCUGAACGUAUCGCCGAUGAACGUGGUGACGUACUUGGAAAUGAAGUCGGAUAUCAAGUUCGAUUUGACUCCAAACCCGCCCAACACAACGGCAGUAUCACCUUCUGCACUACGGGGAUCUUCUUGAAACGCAUGCACUCAGCUUUGGGCGAAACAGCCGAUUCCGGAGCCAUCAAGCAGAUGGAUUCUAUCACGCAUAUCGUAGUGGAUGAGGUACACGAACGGGAUAUCGAUACAGAUUUAUCACUCGUCGUUCUCAAACGUCUACUUGCGGAUCGUAAAGCGCGUGGAAAACCACUCAAAGUUAUUCUCAUGUCCGCCACUAUCGAUCCGACUUUGUUCAAGACCUAUUUCGCAGACGAACGAGGUAGACCCGCACCAGUUGCUGAGAUACCCGGUCGAACAUUCCCAGUCGAACGGUUUUAUCUGGACAAGAUCGUACCUGACAUCAAAGGUCAAAUGAGCCCACGCGACGGAUGGGUAUUCCAAGAUAAAAGCGUGGCCACAUAUCUGGCCCGUGAAUUGUCUGAAGAUCCAUCGGUAUUCGGUCCUAAUAAGGGAAUGGAAUUAGAUAUUCCUUAUCCCUUGGUAGCUUUGACCAUCGCGUACGUUAUGAAACGAUCUGCCGAUGGACAUGUACUUGUCUUCCUUCCCGGAUGGCUCGAAAUCAAGAAGGUCUCGGAUAUUCUCCUGAACGGCAGUAAUUCAUUGUUGGGAUUGAGGUUUUCCGAUUCUUCCAAAUACAGUAUUCAUUACCUUCAUUCGUCCAUCCCCGCUGCGGAACAAAAAGAAGUCUUCCGACCACCACCGGAAGGUGUACGACGUAUCAUUCUCGCGACCAAUAUCGCAGAGACCAGUGUGACUAUACCCGAUGUUGUUUAUGUGGUCGAUACCGCCCGUGUCAAGGAAAAACGGUAUGACCCUCAUAGUCACAUGUCGUCUUUGGUCAGUGCGUGGGUAGGACAAUCAAAUUUGAAUCAACGUGCUGGUCGUGCUGGUCGUCAUCGAGAGGGAGAAUAUUUCGGUCUGUUGUCUAAAGCUCGAUAUGAGAGUUUGGAAACUCAUCAGUUGGUCGAGAUGAAAAGAUCUGAUCUGAGUGAAGUGGUCAUGCAUGUCAAGGCGCUCAAUCUUGGUGAAGUGGAAGAAGUACUCGCUGCAGCUAUCGAACCACCUGAUCCAUCUCGAAUCGUUGCCGCCAUGCAAACAUUACUCAUGCUAGGCGCAUUAGACCCACAACAAAACCUCACAUCUCUCGGUCGAGUGUUACUACAUAUUCCAAUAGAAGCGGCCAUCGGUAAAUUAUUGAUAUACGGUUCUUUCUUUCGAUGUCUCGAUUCCGCUUUGACAUUAGCCGCAGUCCUCACAAACCGAGACCCGUUCCUCUCCCCACCUCUGAUGAAAGAACAAGCGGAUCGUAUCAAAGCUUCUUGGUCACCAAAAGCUUUCAGAUCGGAUCCUAUUGCUAUCCUGGCGGCUUACUCGACUUGGUCAGAGAUGGACGAUAAAGGGGAAUGGAAUCGAGGUAGUAAAUUUUGCUCGGAUAAUUUUUUGAGCAAACCCACUUUAUUACAGAUCAAACAGGUUCGAAGGAGUUUGUUACAGAGUUUGCAGCAGGCCGGAGUUAUUGCUGUUUCAGCAGGAGGAACAGUUAGACAAAUGGGAAGAUUGAGAGAAGUUCCAAGACGAUUGAAUGAACAUAGUGAUCGUUUACCUUUAUUGGCGGCACUUAUAGCCAUGGCUUCGGCGCCGAAUUUCGCUAUCAGGACUUCGGAGAAGAUGUGUCGUACUGAGCAAGAUAAGGCCGUCAUGAUUCAUCCAUCAUCUGUUAAUUCCAAUCGUAGAGAUAAAGCAGAUCCAAAUAUAGGCGAAGCUUCCGAUCGAUUAGAACGUAAAAUCUACGCUUUCUCAGAGAAAACACGUAACGUACCUCUUGGCGGUAAAGCCGAAUCAGCCACCACGCACAUCCGUAACGUCACACGAUUGGACCCAAUGACAUAUUUGCUCUUUGGGGCGUAUCGACUUCGAGCCGUCAGCGGUGGUAUAGAAGCCGACGGUUGGUUAUCCAUAACUGGUCGUUUAGACAUUUUAGAUGAUGUUCAACGACUUAAACUUUUAGUCGAUAAAUGUUUAUUGAGAGUUUUCGAAGGUGUCAACAGGUCAUUAUCAGUAGGAAGAGAUCAUCAAAAGAAAUCGAUUCCAACCUCAGAAGAACAUGUAGAAAAUAGAGGAAAUGUUGAAAUGGAUGAUGAGAAUCAAGUUGAUGAUGACAUUGAAAGUGAAAGAGAGAGUGAAGAUGAAGACGAGAUUGUGAAUGAAGGAAAAAGAAAAGUAGUGGAACCUUUAUCGAAAGAUGAAAUAAGAGAAUUAGAAUUGUUAACUACGGAUUUGAUAAAGAUACUCGAUGCUUAUGCCGCAGAGAGAAGAGGUGAUAAAUCGAGAUAUCAAUCUAGAUCCGUUACACCUGAUUUGAACAGUCCUAUGAGACGAUGA